CCACUUGUCACGAAGCGCCCCCAGGGGUAUAUAUAUCCCGGCUCCUGUGGCUCUUGUUAAACACUCGGCCAUCUGAGAUUAACUACGCAACAUGUACACACCACUGAUUGCGGUAAUUGCGCUGGUAGCAUGGACCAGUGCGGCGCCAGCCGAUGAACCAAUUCCGAUCGUAAGUCAGAGUCAAGAUGGUCCCAACCCGGAUGGUUCGUACAAAUGGCAGUACGAAUCAGGCAACGGAAUAAAAGCGGAAGAGGAGGGCUCAUUAGCGAAUGCGGGUUCCGAGAACGAAGCCAUACAAGCCAAGGGUAGUUUUUCGUACAAGGACGAUCAGGGUAAAGAGAUAUCAUUGACGUAUACAGCGAACGAGGAGGGUUUCCAACCGGUCGGCGAUCAUCUUCCAGUUGCCCCAGAAAUUCCGCCAUUGAUCCAGAAAGCUCUUGAAUGGAACGCGGCUCAUCCAUCCAAGGACGAUGAAGCAAAGUGAUGAAUUUGACUAAUCGACACUUGACAAAAGGACGAAAGUGAUGCUUUUUUCAAACCAUCCAAGAUCUCAAUCUCGACCCAUGCAAAACUCCAAAUGACAAUGAUUAUAAAUAAUAAGUUGAUUUUUAAAAGAAAGUUAAUAACAGUUAUUCCUUCGGAGAAAAUAAGAUGCUAAUUGAAGGGGUUUAAGUAAUGAUAGAUUACGAUCAUUCUACUAGUUAUUAAUACAACUUAAAACUAUCUACCACCGCCAAUGAAUUAUUCUCCGUACUCUCUGGUUCAAAUUUGUUGUACAUAUUUAUUGAUUAUACCAUCGCUUUAUAUUAUAAUAUCCUUGUAUCAUCAAAAGUUAAUGAACUUUGCAACCGUCCGAUUGUAGCCUCAUUUUAUCAGGCUCAAUGCGGCAUUCGGCGAUACAACACAUCGUUCAAUAAAAUGUUGCAUACCAAAACCA